AUGGAGCGCAGCGCGGAGCAGAAGGACGGUGGGCCGAACCCCACGGAUAAGGAGAUUGAGUGCCAAGCGGAGGAGUUCUGCAGGGUGGGCGGGAUGUCCGAGGCCUCCAGCAGUAGCGUGAGCGACAUGCGCGACGGCGGCUACUGGUUGCUGGACAAAGCGCUCGGUGCGUGGCGGCGUGAAGCCGCAGCUUUGUUCCCGAGCGAGGAGCAGAGCGACUUCGGGGUGCUCGAGGUCGGCGCGCACCACGCGGUCAAGCACAGUGCGGAGGUACAGAACAAGCUCGAGACGCUGGCGGGCGACUCCGCCGCGGGCAGCACCACGCUCGAGCGCGAGAUCAAGGAGCCCAGCUACGGCGCGAGCCUCCCCGAGAUGAGCGCGGACCCCGCGCCCGCGGAAGUGGGCACCGACCCCGGGGGCUGGAGCCCGCGGCUCGGGCCAGGCGGUACACAAGAUGCCGGCGGCAGCGCGGCAUCACGGGACGCUGGCCUGAAGGGGCCCGGGCCGGCUGCCGGCGGCAGCGAGGCGGAAGUCACGGCGAGCCAGCGCAAGAAGAGGAAGAAGGGCUCCAAGCAUCGCCCCGCAAGCUGGCACGCGGAAGAGAUAAAGGCCGCAAAGGCGAGGCUGGCCCAGGAGAUGUCGGGCGAGGGGUCGCUCAGCCAGGAGCAGGCGGCGCGCGUCAAGUCAGCGCCGGGCCGCGGGGAGGUGGCGACGCCGACCAGCGAGUAG